GCUUUCAGUAACAAUACGAUAGCUUCGAAUCUAGCUACGCACAUUGUCGUCUGAGGUUUAUAUUCACCAAGGGCUAAAAAUUAUAAGAGGCCCCUAACUUAGAAAACCUAUGAGUUAGGACAAUACUCGCCAUCAUGACGGCGCAAGACAAUAACUCAAAUUUGCCGCCUUCUGAGGCAACAAACGCUGUUCUGGUUCCGUCUGAUGAACUACCCGAAGGCGCGCAAAAGGUCGAAGAGAUUGAUUUCAAUGCCUUUAAGGGGCGACCUAUCACUGUGGAUGAUAUGCUUGAUGGCAUGAAAUAUAUGGGAUUUCAGGCUUCCUCUAUGGCUGAGGCCGUGCGGAUUAUCAAUGAUAUGCGAGCAUGGCGUGAUCCCGAAACAGGCGACAAGACGACGAUAUUCCUUGGAUAUACAUCUAACAUGAUUUCUUCUGGUUUGAGAGGAAUAUUUCGGUACCUUGUAGAACACAAGCACGUCUCCUGUAUAGUCACUUCUGCCGGUGGGAUUGAGGAAGACUUCAUUAAAUGCCUCGGCGAUACUUACAUGUCUUCGUUCAGCGCCAAGGGGGCUGAACUCAGGGCGAAAGGCCUCAACCGAAUAGGGAAUCUCAUGGUCCCUAAUGCCAACUACUGUGCCUUUGAGGAUUGGGUUGUUCCUAUCCUGGACAAGAUGCUAGAAGAGCAAGAAGCCAGCAAAGGCACUGAAGAAGAGAUCAACUGGACCCCUUCCAAGGUUAUCCAUCGACUAGGCAAAGAGAUAAACGACGAGAGAUCUGUAUAUUACUGGGCAUACAAGAAUGAUAUCCCAGUGUUCUGUCCGGCUUUGACAGACGGUAGUUUGGGUGAUAUGCUAUAUUUCCACACAUUUAAAGCCUCGCCGCGGCAGUUGAAGAUCGACAUAGUGGAAGAUAUUCGGCGCAUAAAUACCAUCUCCGUGCGGGCGAAAAGAGCUGGAAUGAUUAUAUUAGGCGGCGGAGUGAUCAAACACCACAUCGCAAAUGCAUGCUUGAUGAGGAACGGCGCCGAAUCCGCUGUCUACAUCAAUACGGCCCAAGAAUUUGACGGGAGUGAUGCAGGUGCCCGACCAGAUGAAGCAGUGUCUUGGGGGAAGAUCAAGGUGGGAGCCGAUCAUGUCAAGGUUUACCUUGAAGCCUCAGCUUGCUUCCCUUUCAUCGUGGCUAGCACUUUUGCCAAAGACGCAUAG